GUAGUAAAAUAAGCAGAGCUGUAUUCAUGGUUUCCUCUCUGUAAGAGAGGUGGAUUUAGAUAAGACAGAAGGAUUUCACAGAAAGAAAGAAAGAAAGAAAGAAAGAAAGAAAGAAAGAAAGAAAGAAAGAAAGAAGCAAAGGGAGAAAAAAGAAGGAAAGAGAGGGAGAGAGAAAGAGGCUAUACACAUUUAACAGGAUUUUUCUAAAAGCAUUCCAACAAUCUGAGGAGGAGUUAUCUCAGAUCAGCAUCUUGCAAGAUGUUUUACAAGGACUCAGCUCACUGACCUCUGAUGGCUUAACGCGGAAUAUUUUUGCUGUUUUAAAGCGAAACUCUUUCUUCCUUUAAGACGUUUUUCUUUUUUCCUGACUGAAAUAAUUUUAAAGUCACUUUUCAAAGAGAUUUCAUCACCUCCUUUGCAGGUUACGUGAAUUUCACAGAUAUUUCUUUACUCCCCAAAACCUUUAAGGCAAAGUGCUGAAUGUUUUUCAAGUUGACUGGAAGUAAACAAAUCUCAGGAAAGCAUUAACCCUUUACUUUACAUUCUAAAUGCUUUUGGGCAACUAAUUUAUGCUUUUAUUUAUUAAGCUUUGAAAAGACAGCUGUUCACGUGAGCUGUUGAAUUUGAAGUUGAUCCUGUGUAAACUGAACUUCUUGUCAAUGCACAGUUUUUAGACUUCAGCUGAAUUUUCCCACAUAUUUGCCACGCUGCUGUUGUAAAGCUUUGCGCAGAUAUUUACAAUUUUAGCAUCUGGGUGAAAGAGAGAAAAAGAAGGGAAGACAGAUGGCUCAGAAAGAAGGAGGAACAGAGCAGGGGCGCCUUAAAACAGAGGACAGUCUAGGGACCAAAACCAUGGCUGGGGCCCCCUUGGCUGGUGGAGGAGUGGUGGUGGAGGUUCGGGAGAAGAAGGGACCUCUCCGGGCUGCAAUACCCACAAUGCCUUUCCCCGUGGCUGUCAUUUGUCUUUUCCUAAACACCUUCAUACCUGGGCUUGGAACCUUCGUCUCGGCGUUCACCGUGCUGUGCGGCGCACGCAGCGAGCUGAUCUCAGAGAGAGGCGUGUGCUGCGUGUUCUGGCUCAACAUGGCGGCUGCCCUCAUCCAGAUCCUGACAGCUGUCAUAAUGGUCGGAUGGAUCAUGAGCAUCUUCUGGGGGAUGGACAUGGUCAUCCUGGCGAUUUCUGACGGCUGUAGAGACCAAGGUAUCCCUCAAGAUGUCUAAGAAGCAUUUCUUUCGCAUUCGCUGACGGAUCUUAUGAAGCUUGCCCAACAAAACCGCAACGAAGGCAAACUUUUAACGACUUUUAACUUGAUAUUGAGUUGACAACACCGUAUAGCAGCGACGUAUAAAACAAAAGAGUGGAUAUGAAUUGACUGAUGGCUGGCUGCCGAAAUGGUCGACACCAGACUGCAUUUGUGUUUAUAUUUAAAAAGAAUUUGGACAUUUAAAAAAAAAAAAAAGAUAAUUGUGUUUUAUCUUAGAGAGAAAUGUUUUCCUUGGCUUUUGUUUUUGUCAAAAAGGAAUAAUUGCUGGCUAGUGUAUGACUUCAGCAUUAGCUUGAAAAAAUUGUGAAAAUCCAGUGAAAUUGUAAAUCCAACAACAACAUUAUGAUCAUAAGCUGUUUGUGAAAGUUGACAGAAGGCCAAAUCGUUGUUUCCACUGCUGAACUGGAAGCUGAGCAGCUAUGUGUCACAUUAUCUUUGGUUUCUCUUAAGAGGUUUACUCUGCUUAUAGAGCUGUAGAUUAGCACAAGCUAGGGCAUGAGCAUCUUUUGCUUGUAAAUCUUGCAAUAUUUUUAACCUCCCCAUUAAAUUUCACCCCUGCUUAAGAAUCUCUUAGUGCUUUCAUUGUCAUUAUGAUUAAAAGAAAUGAAAUAUUCAUUGGCAAACAAACAGCCAGUGGUGGAUACUUUGUUAGCACAAAUUAAUGCUAGCACUUUACAGAAAGGGCUAGCAUGAAAUCAAUGCAUUACCAAACAAACACACCUUUCUCAAAUAUUUUUAUUUAAAACUCCACUCUUUAUUUUUUUUU